AUGGAGCACCCGCAGCCAGUCACCAUGCCCGGCCAUGGAGUCGAGACCGUCCUCGACGACCUUCCCGAGUCGAUCGUCGUCGACGAGAUCCUUGUCCGUUUGCCGGCCAGGGACAUCAUGCGCUGCCGCUGCGUCCGUAAGGGAUGGCGCAGUGCCACCUCCGCCGACAAGUUCAUGCUGGACCACCGCCGCCGCCAGCCCUUUCUCCCGGUGCUCGGUCACGCCGUGGAGCCGCAGACGGCGUCCCGCCUCUUGCUUUCCAUUGACGCCGGUGCAGGCCAGCAACAGCUCUGCCCCGUGGUCCGGACAUACAGCGGUAGACUCCUGGCUGCCCUUGAUGGGCUCAUCAUCGUCUCCCAUGGAUCCAUGAGUGUGCGAACUCCUUCGUCUCCUCCGGUAAAAUUCUUCAUCUGCAACCCGGUCACCCGUGAGUGUGCUCCCCUAGGGACGCCUCCAAGCCAGCAUGGAUUUAUGCACCACAUCGCAGGCUUGUAUCGGCACCAACCAUCCGGGGAAUACCGGGUGCUUUGGGUCUCUACUCCGAGGUACUUUGACAGAGCAGACACAGCAUACACCACAUUUUACUACGUCGUAGCAGUGGGAUCCAGUGACAUAAGAUGCAUCGCAGAAGGUAGCAUCGCACAGACAACACCCUUGGAAACGGCGUUGUGUAAGGGCCUGCCGGAUUCGUCGGGUUGUCCACCAGUCCACCACCGUGGUAGCCUGCACUGGGGACUUCCCGGCCGCUCAAUAGUGGUGUUCAACACAGCAGCCGAAACAUUCUGGUUGAUGGGUCGUCUAUUCCAGCUGUACUUCCACCAGUUGUUGGAGAUGGAUGGCACUCUUGCUUUGUGCAGCGUCAGUCCUGAACAAAUGACCGUAGAUGUUUGGGUGGUACAAAACUAUGGCGCCGAAACAACGGAGACCUGGUCUUUCAAGCAUCAGAUUAAUUUGUCGGGUGUUGACGAUCCAAUACCACGUUCAUGGGUGAUGAGGUUCCCCAGGAUGGUUGUGCUCAAUAACGGUGAGCUGCUAAUCCAAUUCAUUCGUGGUUGUGGGCCUGUGUUGCAUUGUGGCAUCGAUGGCAAGUUCUUAGGAUAUGUGAAAAGCAAGGAUGGCCAAGUAAUCGGCUUGUGGAUUACCAAGCAUUACCUCCAGGAGAGCCUUAUUCCCCUUCCACUAUCCCGUGAGAUGAGAGAAGAAGAUAGUGCAACUCAGGGGCCUCCAUUUUUUGUAGGGCUCUAA